AUGGUUGUCAACGUUGUUGUGUACACUGAAGUUGAUUCAGGCGUUGUUGGAGCAGCAGUAGUAGUGGUCGACCAUCUUGUUGUUGCAGGUAAAGUUGUAGGUAGGUGGUGGUGGCGGCGGCUUACCCUCUUCGGAAGAACUGCCACUGUCGUCGCCACUAUCGCUGCUACUGUCGUCGCCAUUAUUGCUGCCACUGUAGCUACUACUAUCACUGCCACUAUUGCUACUACUAUCGCUACCACUAUCGAUGCCACUAUCGCUGCAACUGCUUUCAUACAGGAGCCACCAGGUUCCUUUUGUGUCUCAACGGGACCCUACGAUGUUCUCGUCCCGUCGAACAACGGCGAAACACCUUCACUUCGGUGUGAGUUCGUCUCCUCCGCCGCUACGUUCGACAGGCUGACGUGGACCAAAGAUGGUAUCGACAAAUUCGUCCUCAUCCGGGACUGCAGAGACACCCAGAUCACGUCGUGCAACGUUUCGGUCACGUCUGCACCAGGGAAGUUUUCCGUGAGAGGCGAUUUGGUAUCGGGAGUCAUUUUGCAGGUUAGCCGAGUGACGAUGGAAGAUGAUGGGAUCUACGAGUGCAAAGCAAUUAUUCUAAAUGGUAUUUCCAUCACGCGGAUCCGGCUAGCAGUUUUGAGACGUCCCACUGCUAUCUCACUGCUGGAUGUCGGUAAGAAUUCAUCUUUCAAUGAAAGGAGCAUAAUGCAUGUCGUGGGUGGUCACUACAACCGACUCAACUGUACUAUUCCGUCGUCUAACCCAUCGGCAACGAUCGCCUGGUCCUUUGGUGACGUCAGAGUCAUCGUUCGUGAACAGUCCAAUCACAGCAUUGCAUCUGACGGCCCGCUGAUGGCAUCAACCAGGGCGAUAGAUAUUUUCCCAACUGCAGAGGACGAAGGCAAAAUAAUAUCCUGCACAGCAACCCAUUAUAGCCUAUCAAAUGCUCUACAGAAAAACAUUACCCUCAAUGUUGGACGUUAGUAAAUUAGUAAUAUGAACCUAUGCUUUCAGUUUCCGUUAAAGGCAUUGUUUAACAAUGCUAAAUGUGAU